CGAGAAUGUUUACGACGUGAACUAUCUGUGCAUCUCAGGCUUUCUUCUUCCUUUUAUUUGUUGCAUGUCCAAGAUCACGCACAAUUUCAGCAGUCUCCUGGCAUCCUCCCUGUUUAGGGGGUGCAUCGGGGUGUUUGCGGCUAUAAGAGUGUCUUCUAAGCCACCAGUUUGUAAGAAGUGCGAGAGCCUUCGAUUAACCCACAUGAAUGGGAAGGAUGAAGUGACAAGGGGCUUAAACGAAGAGGCGGCAGCAGCGAGGGUAGGGUUUCUUCUGCGAACAGGGAGGCUUCGGCUUCGGUGUGGUCGGAUUGAGCAAUAGAAGACGAAGAGAAGAGGGCGGUCGGCUCUAUAUGAAUCGGGAUUGUGUGGCUUCUGUGUGGGUUUGCGGUAUAAGAGGAACAGCAGAAGGCAGGGAGUGGAAGAAACAGGACAGUGAAUUUGUGGGGUGAUCGCUUCUUGCGAGAUGAUAGCGCUUCAUUCAUUGGGAGCAUAAUGUGGUGCCACAUGUCAAGCAGACCCGUCAUUCUUAACACUGGCAUUGGCCAAUGUAUUGCAGCGAAGCCCGCUUUGCACGUGACGCUCUACCAUUAUACUCCUAACGCACAUGCAAUGUCGACUUAUGGAUAUGAGAUGGUGCAGACACUCAUUGUGGAUAUUUAGCCUGAUGAGCAUGUGAAGAGGGCUAUGAAUGAGAUAAAUGCAGCGGCGAGACUGAGGCUGACGGCUAACGAGAAGGCGGAAGGCAAGGCUGAAUCGAAAUACCUGGCCGGGCUCGGCAUAGCUCGCCAGCGUCAGGCCAUCGUCGACGGACUCAGAGACAACGUUCUCGCAUUCUCUGCUAAUGUGACCGGAACUUCGGCCAAGGAUGUCAUGUACAUGGUGUUGAUCACUCAGUACUUCGACGCCAUGAAGGAGAUCGGUGCCGCCUCCAAGUCUUCCGCCGUCUUCAUCCCCCACGGCCCGGGAGCUGUGAGGGAUGUCGCCGCCCAGGUCAAGGAUGGUCUUCUUCAGGGUGGUGCUUUUCAUUGAGUCAGAGUUGGUUUAUUUUCAGCAGUUGGUGUGUUUGAUUUCUUAUGUUUAUAAAGGUUUGGUAGGAAUUGUAUAGUGCUUUUGAUUUUGUUUUUGUGUGGAUUUGUAAUGUAUUUUGAUGGUGAACUUUUAAUGGAAGUUUAUUUGUGCUUUAAAUGUCAA